AUGUUGUUCUCAGCUGGUCGUCUUUUUGUUCCUGCACUCACAGCGUCUCUCCUACUACCAUGUGUUUCUCUCGCCGAAGACCCCAAAUCAAGAGCCGUGAUCGCUCUUGACGCCCUUCAGGAGUGGUACAAUACGACCAGUGGCCUAUGGGAUACGGUCGGUUGGUGGAAUGGCGCCAAUUGCAUGACUACGAUCGCAGACCUAGCCGCCAUAGAUCCAUCUGCGAUGGAGACAGCCGACUUCGUCUUCAACAACACGUUUCUUAACGCCCCGUCGUCUAACCCGAACCCCGGCCCGGAGACAAGAACCAACACGAAGCGCAACGUUCUAACGACCCGGGCGAAUAAUGCUGGAAAUUCUUCACAAUGGCUCGAUUCGGCCUAUGACGACGAUGGAUGGUGGGCCCUUGCAUGGAUAGCUGCAUACGAUGUUACCGAAGAGAACAGCUAUCUGGAUCUAGCUGAGGGGAUUUUUGCAAGCUUGGCCGAUACCUGGGGUACCCGAUGUGGCAACGGUGGUAUUUACUGGAGCACCUCAAGCUCCUACAUAAAUGCAAUUACCAAUGAGCUGUUCCUUUCAAUUGCAGCCCAUCUGAGCAAUCGUGUGCCAUCCCGAAAAGAAUUUUAUGUCAGCUGGGCCCAGAAAGAAUGGAACUGGUUCGCGGCCCAGGGCUUCAUUGCUGCGAACAACACCAUUAAUGAUGGGCUCACUGAUAGCUGCGAGAACAAUGCUCAAACUGUAUGGUCAUACAACCAAGGUGUCGUUCUCGGUGGACUUGUCGAGUUGAACAAGGCUGCGCCGAACAGUUCCUACCUUGAGUCCGCGAACAAAAUCGCUAAGGCUGCAAUUGAGACAUUGGCUGAUACGAGUGGAGUGAUCCAUGAAGCAUGUGAGCCCAACAACUGUCAGCCAGACGCAACAGUAUUCAAGGGUGUCUUCCUUCGCAACCUUCAGAUGCUGCAAAGUGCGUCACCGCAUGAUAUCUAUAAGAAAACCAUCAACGACUGUGCAAACAGUAUAUGGGAAAAUGACAGAAACUCCCAAAAUGAGCUUGGUGUUGUCUGGUCUGGUCCGGUCGUGAGUACAGUAGACCCAUCUACACAAAGCUCAGCGAUGGAUGCGCUGGUUGCUGCUCUCGCUCUCUAA